AUGGGGAACGACACGUACACGUCGGUGCCGCUGGACGACGACGGCCCCUAUGCGCUGGGCGCGGCUGAGAAGCGGCAGAGGUCGCCGCGGCUCGAGAAGGCUGUGAAAUGGGCGUGCCUGUCCCUCCUGACGAUUGUGGUGUUUCUGCUUGGGUUUACGGCUGGAGACAGUUAUGGCAAGACGGUCAAGGCGGCGGUGUCGAUGGGUGGACAUGAGGAGGCUGUGGCGGGUGGCGACAGGGGCAAGAACGGGACAUUAUUACCACCACAGGCAUUCGUCCCGGACUUCCCCAUGAAGGAGGUCAAGUUUGACUUUCCCACCGACUACGAGGACACGAGUGUCGAGGGGGAUAAGCUGUGGGAUAAGCUGAUGCCCAUCGGAUCUGGCUUUGUGCGCGUCCCACAUCCAAGACGGUUCGACAUGCCGGCCAGCAAGACCAUUGAGGACGACCCUGAGGAGGCAGAGAUCUACUCCCUCUCAGCGCUGCAUCAACUGCACUGCUUGGGCGUCAUCAGGGACGUGGUGAAGAAGUACGAGAAGCACGACAAGUCGCGCUUCGCCGGGGCCGGCCACGAGUAUCACUGCAUCGACUACAUCCGGCAGAGCAUAAUGUGCUCGGCGGACACGACGCUCGAUUUCGCAGAGCUGCAGCCGGACGGGAGGAGGAAGGGCUUCUCCGGGGCCAACUCGACGCACCAGUGCGUGGACUGGGACGCUCUGACCGCGUGGGCGGUCGAGAACCGUGCUGGAGACAAGGCGGGGAUCGCGUGA